CUUUUUGUAGAAUAAAUCGAUUAUAUUCUGCUUUUUCAAAUCAGACUCAAUUCUGUAUAGUCAUCAAUGAUAUCGAGAUCAUUUAAAAUGCAUGAGGUGCCUGGGAGUGUUAAAAUUAAGGCUUGAAUUGGUCUCAUUAAGGAGAAGUGCAUCUUCAUAUACUAACUAGCCUACAUUACUCUUACUGUAUUACUAUAACAUUACACAUACAAUGUUGAUUCAAUACAACAGAAACAGGCACAGACAAAGGCACAGUCCACUGAUGAGUCGCAACAACCACCCUCUCUCUCUCUACAGUGACAGUGUGCAAAAAGCUGUGCCAUUAUUGUUGUUUAUGUCAUUCCUGACUCUUUCCCAGGCCUAUCCAGCACAGGCCAAGGCCUUCUCUCAGUCUCGCCACUUUUAAGUCUUUUUUUAUUUUCACAGGCUGGGCUAGCGACUUGAAUUGGCGCAAAUUUGGUAUACAGAGAUUCUACAAAAUAGAGGCCACAACAGUGUGAGCCCUGUCACAGUCAUGGCAGACGACCGAGAAAUACUGCGUGAAACAUGGGAUGGGAGGAUACCAAUCUGUUUCACUUUAUCACCAGAUGAGGUCUACACCAUGGAACAACCUGACCCAUUUUUUCUUCUGGUCCCGAGACAAACCUACUUUCCAUUGGUCUCUGAUAAAGUUCAAAGACAUUUUCAGCGUUUCAUCAACCCAGAUCUUCCGUCAGAGAUGUGGUUGGAGUAUGAAGGACAACCAUUAAAAUGGCAUUAUCCUAUUGGACUCUUGAUUGACUUGUAUGGAUUUGGUACAUCCCUUCCCUGGAAUCUUACAGUGCAUUUUCAGAACUUCCCUGAAGAAGAGCUACUCCACUGCCCUUGUCGUGAUGCUGUAGAAUCACAUUUCAUGUCAACUGUCAAAGAAGCUGACUCCCUCAAGCACAGAGCUCAGGUCAUCAACGGUAUGCAGAAGAAGGAUCACAAGCAAUUGUGGAUGGGAUUACAAAAUGAUAAAUUUGAACAGUUCUGGGCCAUAAAUCGUAAACUCAUGGAAAAGACCAAUGAUGAAGGCUUCCGAUACAUUCCAUUUAGAAUAUAUCUGCCCGAUAAACCGGUGAUACAAAAGUUAUUUCGACCAAUCACAGAUGAUGGACAGCGACACACGUUAGGGGACCUACUCAAUGAAACAAUGCCAGAUUUAUUUAGUAAAGAUGCAACAGACUGUAAAUACCAUGUUGUGAUUCAAGGGAUUGAACCGCCUCUAAAUACUCCUGUUUACUGGCUAAGUGAGCAUAUGAGUUACCCAGACAACUUUCUACAUAUCUGUAUCCAUCUGUGAUUCAUGAAGAUAAGACAUUUGAAGCAUUUCAAGGUGAAGACAUAUACAUGUGUGUGGACCGGACAAUUCAGCCUGAGUUGGUCAUCAGUUUUCAUUGAAAUUAACAACAGUUCGUUAUCUUUACUCUCCAUGAAUCUGUGUCUGUCCAGUAAUUAAGUAUUUUUACUUUUCUGGUCAUACUGUAACCUAGAAAAAGUUGCGUUUGAUUUGCAGCUCCCCACCUUUUACCCCAGAACUUCACAUCUUGCAUGUGUAUAUUUUACAGAACUAAUGGAGCUGUACUGCAAUUAUAUGGAUGAAGUAACAUUUUGUCCUUGUUAAUAUGGCUGAUCAGGUAAAAUGCAAAGACUGCAAAACACCUGCCAAAAUUUUCUGGGUUACAGUGCUGAGGUAGUUGGUGCUUAGCUCAUCUUGUACCAGUUUAAUUUGGUGGAUGACAUUUUCAAAUCAUAAAAUAGGAGGUCCAAUCCAGUUUAAUUAAUUGGAGAUUCAUGAAUUCCUCCAGCAUGUUGAAUUGAUUUUGCCUUUAAACACAUGUUUUGAUUUGAGUAAUUAUGAUGUGAAUACAAUGUUCAUGAAGUUCAAAAGUGCUCUAAAUAUCCAUGGUUAUUAUAAAGAUCUACUAGAGAACAGAUGCCAAAUAUGAAAUAAUGUGUUCAUUGAAUUGCCUUAAAAACUGACUGGUAUGUAUUUUGGGAAUUGUAGUUUGAUUUCAGUAUUAUUAGGGAGAAACAUAUAAAAUAGCUAUUGUGGUUUAGUUGCUUAUUAGUAUAUGAUAGUGUUGGCCCAGUUCCUAAUUAAACUAAUAUGUAAAUCAUGAUACCUGGUGUAUAGACUGGACUCCUAUUUGAUGUAAUGGCAAUGGGGUAUUUUGUAGUUGGAGACUUUUCUGUACAUUCAGUUACAGUCCUUUCAUGAACUACUGACUUUCUGCUUCUCUGUUUUGUACAGUAUUGUAUGUAAAUUACAUGUAUAUUAAAUUGGUGAAAUAUAGGAUGUGGUUUUCA